CAGUAGAGGGGCAGGGGGAGGUUGGGUAUUUUAGAACGGAGAUCCGGAGUGAAGAGUCUGUUCUGUGUGCUGCACGUACAGAAAGCGAAUCAUGGUGCUGCUGCACGUGCUGUUCGAGCACGCUGCGGGCUACGCGCUCUUCGCCGUCAAGGAGAUGGAGGAGAUCGGCAUGCUGCUUCCGCAGGUAGAAGACAGUGUGCUUAAUAUUGGAAAACUCAAUAAUAUCCUGAAACUGGCAGCGUUCUUCCCUUUCAAGUCUGCUCAAGCUGCUCUGGAAAACAUAAAUGCCAUUUCUGAAGGAGUUGUGCAUGCCGACCUUAAACUAUUUCUUGAGACUAACCUGCCCCCUGGUGGGAAGAAGAAGAAAGUGCUUCUGGGUGUCUCUGACUCGAAGAUUGGAGCAACACUGCAAGAGGAGAUUGGGGUCUCCAUCCAGACUGGGGGUGUUGUGGCUGAACUGAUGAGAGGUAUUCGUCUGCAUUUCCAUUCUCUCGUGAAAGGCCUGACUGAUCAGGCUGCUUCCAAAGCCCAGCUUGGUUUGGGACACAGCUAUUCCAGAGCCAAAGUCAAAUUUAAUGUGAACAGGGCUGACAACAUGAUCAUUCAGUCCAUUGCUCUUCUGGACCAGCUGGACAAAGACAUUAAUACAUUCUCCAUGCGUGUACGUGAAUGGUACGGCUACCACUUCCCAGAACUUAUCAAGAUAGUGAGUGACAACACCACAUACUGCCGCUUGGCGCGGCUCAUCGGCAACCGCAAGGAGCUUAGCGAAGAGUCCUUGGCAGCAUUGGAGGAAGUGGUUAUGGAUAGUGCCAAGGCUCAGGCCAUCUUGGACGCCUCGCGCAGCUCCAUGGGUAUGGACAUAUCCCCCAUCGACCUAAUUAACAUCGAGAGCUUCUCCAGCCGGGUCGUGUCCCUAGCAGAGUACAGGCUGGAGCUCCAGGAGUAUCUGCGCUCGAAGAUGGGGCAGGUGGCCCCAAACCUGGCUGCCCUCAUUGGAGAAGUGGUUGGGGCUCGUCUUAUAUCCCACGCCGGCAGCCUGACCAAUCUGGCAAAGUACCCUGCCUCCACAGUGCAGAUUCUGGGAGCUGAAAAGGCCCUGUUCAGAGCUUUGAAGACUCGAGGAAACACUCCUAAAUAUGGGUUGAUCUUCCACUCCACCUUCAUCGGCCGUGCUGCAGCCAAGAACAAGGGUCGCAUCAGUCGCUACCUGGCAAACAAGUGCACCAUCGCCUCGCGCAUUGACUGUUUUUCAGAGGUGCCCACCAGUGUGUUUGGGGACAAGCUGAGGGAUCAGGUAGAGGAACGCCUGUCCUUCUAUGAGACGGGAGAGACGCCACGGAAGAACCUUGAUGUGAUGAAGGAGGCCGUGAUCGAGGCUGGUGAAGUGGCUGCUGAAAUCAAGCGCAAACUGGAGAAGAAAGAAAAGAAACGAAAGAAGCGUGAAAAAAGAAAGCUGGAAGCCCUUGCUAAUGCAGAGGAGGAAGACGGCGGAGUGAACAAUGCCGAGACCAAUGGGGAGCAGGAACACGAAGAGACCGAGGCAGAUAUUGUGGUGAAGAAGAAGAAAAAGAAGCAUACAGAAGAGGAGGUGACGAAUGGCACUGAGAUGAAGAAGAAAAAGAAGAAACUGAGUGAGGUGGUAGAAGCAGAGCUUGUAGAGGAACCACCACAGCCGGAGAAGAAAAAGAGAAAACAUAGGAGUGGAAACUCGUAGACUGCUGAUUCACUGUGAUGGGAGUCCAGUGUGACCUCUGCAUGGUUCCAAGCCAUCGUGUAUAAAGUGUAAUUAUCCCCCCUGCCCCUUGCUUUAAAGUCAACUGAAACAGCCUUGCUGUAGGUGGUUUAAAUGCUACAUUAGUGGGCUGGUGCUGUUGUCUGUGGACUGACCUUCAUAUGCUCAUCGAUGCCUUUUUGUUUCUGGCUCUGAAAUUUUUAUUAAAUGUUCAAAGACA